AUGCCCAAGAGGACUUUGGACCCCGACGUGCCACUAGGAAAGAGCUCACUGAUAGCGGCCAUCGUAUCUUUGUUUGCCGGCGGCGGCGUCUGCUGCUUUAGUUAUGUGUAUUUCGCGCCUUUGCACGCAGAGGGAACACAGCGCACACUGUGCUGUCCCGUGGGUAAGGAGCAAGACGGGGGAGUAAGACACCGCAGAUGCAGCGGCCGCACGGCAACACGGCACCCUCAACACCACCGCGGCGAAGAAAUCCAAGCAAAUAAGCAGCCACACCGCCACGCGCACGCACGGAGCCGCACACUGCGCCGCCAACGGCAGAGCCACCCCACUCGGCGUGUGUGCGUGCGAGAGAGAGAGGGAAGGGGGGGGAAAAAAAGAGAAAGAUAA